AUGUCUUCAAUUAUCGCGAUACUCAUGAUAUUUCCUUCCGUUGAUCAAAUACGCAGACUGAUCCGUCUCGCGCAUGUUACAUAUCGCCCCGUUGCGCUUUUAUGCUCUUCGGAACAUGAGGUCGCAAAUAUCGAGCCCUUUUUUAAGACACGGGCAUCUGCCCAUACGGGAGGUGAAUUGUUAUCGACGUCCCUUCCAGUUUGUGUUCUCGUCGAGCAGCUCCUCGUCGAAUCUUUUUUUCAGGAUGAUUGCUCGUACGUUUGGCAAGUUUCCGCCGCGGAACGUUGCGAGUGGGUGAGAAACGCCGAAGACUGCUAUUCAGAUUCGGUGAUUCAAUACACGGUACUGUUAUUUUGCUACUUCGGAUCUGAAGAUAUGGUAUUGUUUGCUGGCGGCUUGGUCCUCGUACUCUUCUGGUUACUCUUUUUAUUCUUGAUUUUAGCUACUACAGCGGAUAAUUUUUUUUGUCCAGCAUUGGCGGUAAUAGCCAGUGUAAUGCAUCUAUCGGAUAGCAUAGCGGGAGUGACGAUAUUGGCAUUUGGAAACGGCGCGCCUGACAUCUUCACGUCCCUCGUGUCGAGAGACGACGAAGAGAUAAUAAUGUUCACCGAAUUAAUCGGGGCAGGUGUCUUCGUGACCUCGAUGAUUGCCGGCUCCGUCGCGAUAACUAAACCCUUUAAAGUUUCGCUCAGAUCCCUCAUGAGGGACGCCUGUUUUUAUAUCGUUUCCGUGUGCUGGAUAAACUACGUGGUGUGGGAUGAGAUGGUUUACCUCUGGGAGGCCGUAAGCUUUAUUCUGGUCUACGUACUAUUCAUUGUGGCGGUCGUGAUAAUGCAGAUGUACGACACCAGGGAGCAGACUCUGAAAACCAGGAUCCCAAGUGUGCCCGAUCCAGACGUCCUGCAUACUUACUUGGCGAACAGAGACACAGGCGCCAUUCCCAAGAUUCCCGGUCCUAGAAGCCGACCUUUUGGCUUAGCUGCCAAGCUAGAUAUCGCAGUCGCCAUGGAACUGGAGAGAGCCAGGAUGCGGGGCGAGCCCGUUCAGGAAAUUACUGACUAUGUUUCGGACCGGCCGAAAGGGCUUUUCAAAGAAUUUUUUUACGAUAUCAAUCCGAUCAGCAAAGAAGAUUGGAAGAGAUCGAGUAAAUUUGUAAAAACCAUUUUAAUUAUACGUUCACCUGUGAUGUUAUUACUACAGCUGUUCAUACCGGUUGUAAACCCUACUGUCGAGAAAAGAGGCUGGUCAAAGCUAUUAAAUUGUUUCCAAUUAUGCGCGACACCCACGAUAGCACUAUUUCUAUUAAAUGAAAGAUAUAUUUUCUGGCUACAUAAACAAGAUUGUGUACAAAAAGUAUCGCAUGGCUGCAUAUCGACGCGUGACGGUAUAAUGGUCGGCACCACUCGACUUCAAUUUUAUUUUAACUGUUUUAUUGCAGUUUGGCAAACGACUUUUGGCAAUUUGCCGGUGAUGUCGAUAUUCCUCGUUGUCGGCACCGUAAUUGGUGUAAUUGUAUUUCUAACGACGCACGUGGAUCGUGUCCCAAAGUUCCAUAAUGUCUUUGCAUUUUUGGGAUUUUUGGGUGCUAUGUUGACGGUUUAUCUGGUGGCCGGAGAGGUCAUGGCGGUACUCCAGUGCAUAGGAUACGCAUGUAGUAUAUCUGACGCUAUGUUGGGUAUCACUUUCCUUGCGUGGGGAAACAGUAUUGGAGAUCUCAUAUCGAACGUCGCUAUCGCUAGACGGGGAUUUCCCCGCAUGGGAUAUGCAGCUUGCUUCGGCGGACCAAUGUUUAACACUCUACUGGGACUUGGGCUGACUUAUGGUAUCGCCGCCGCCACUGAUCCUGAACAACAGACGAAGAUCAGGAUCAGCGAUAUGGCACCCGGUUGCCUAGCUUUUCUCCUAUGCUCACUAGUAGCCACUAUAAUUUACUUGAACAUCACGGGGGCUACUGCACGUCGCUCUUACGGUGGUCUUUUAUAUUCAAUCUACUUUGCUUUCAUUCUUAUACAAUUUUUAAGUGAGUUGCACGUUAUACAUCCGCUCGGCACUGAUCACAGACCCGACAUAUAAGGCUAGUACCACCUCCAAUAUUUAAUGUAUUUUUGUUAAUAUAUCAUUAUAUGUAUAUAUAAAUACAAAAUAAUAGUAUAAGGUCCAUUGUAAUUACGUGAGAAUUAUUCCGUAUUUUCUCUUAUUUUCAUAACGCUAGUGCUACAGGAUAAGGCGAAAGAGUAAGGAGUAAAAAAUAUGAAAGAGCGUUUCUCUCUCAUGAAUUAUGUUAAAUGAGUCAAGAUUAUACGGAUACAGGCAGAGAUGCAUUUUUAACAUGGGGCGGAAGGCGAGCUUCGUAGGAAAACGUUCGGGCACCGGAUAUAUACGCGGAGGAAAAGGCGGGCAAGCGAGCGACGUCAGGUCGUUUUUAGACAUUUCCCCGGAGAGAACGAGGUGUCCCGUUUCCGACCGAAACCGGUUAGUAUGGCCACCAUAACGCCGAAACGGAAACCACAAGUCAUGAGGCGGUUAGGAGUCUUGGUACGCGUCAGUUUUAAAUUUUACAUCGCGCGGUACAUCAUGGUAACCUCCGAGUGCUAUACAGACCUUCGUAAUUGAAUCCGUUAUUAGGUGAGGGACACAGUUUCUUAUGUGCAAACAUUUCUUGUACAACGUUUCUUAUUUUCCUUCGAACGCAGUGAAAGAAGUGGACGUUAAAUUAUUUUUAUCUUUUUGUACCCGCUUUCUUCUUCUUCCAUACGUGUACACUCUUUUAAUUGAUCAUGAAGGAUGUCCCACUUCUACCGCCGUUGUCUUGAAAUAACUUCGCUUUGACAAAUUUAUAAUCGAUUACUCUUCAACAGAAAUGUCGAGUCAUUUUUAGAUUUUUUUUUAAUGACAAUUAACAAUUUAAUCUGAAAAGCUUCAGAUCUAACUAAAAGCUUCUCGGAAGUGCAAAUAUAAAUGAUGAAGAAAGCUAUAUUUUCUGGCUCAUUUUAUAUGUAACUUAUUUUAACGCGACAUUUAUAUUACAUUUGUUAAAUAAACUUUAAACUUUAAAAUUCUAAAAUUCUAUAAUGGUAUAAUUUAAAUUUAAUAACAAAAUUAGUUUAACCUUCUGCAAAGAUUAGAUUUCUAUUUCGUGAAGUAUGUUUAUCACGCCAAAUGUCCUUUGUAGGAAAUGGAAGAAAGUCAACGGUAACAGAUGUAACAUUGACGUUAUUCGACCUCUUUCACACCUUUUCUACUUUCUGUCUCCUUUGCUACAGAUAUUGCCGGAGGAUUGCUCCUGCUAGUCUCUUUCAACGUGUGUACCAAGAUAGGUCUCCAUUGUCUUCACGCGAAAGUUUAAUUCCGAACCGUCUCUACCUUCCGUUCCCCUUUUGCCCUAUCAAAGUGCCGAUAGAACGAUGAACAAAGAUGGGAGAUAGACCAAAGUUUUGCCAUUGCAAAAUUUGGAUCUCCUUUGUGUUAGUAUUUGCGUACGUAGAGAGAAGCUAUUUUGAGAAGAAGCUUUAGCGAAGACUAUUCACGAAAUGGCUUUCUUUAUGUAUAUUGGAAGAGUACGGCGAGAUUUAUCUGAGGAUGAGCCGUUUAAGUCGAUCGUCCGGAUUCAAUGUGUUUGAGUAAUACAUCGCCUGUUAUCGCUUUUGCUUCUGAACUUUAAAUUUUGAUGUUACAGCAUAUUCAACAUGUGACAAAAUGUGCGCAUCCGAUAAGGUCAUUCAUUAUUCUCAAUUAAUUUGUCACGCAGAACGUGUAGGCGCGACACCUGUUGUUCCUGAUGUACAUAAAUAGUAUUUAAUUGUGUUCAAUUAAUGUUUGUCAAUAUAAAAUAUACACCCGAUUUAACAUCCGCCGAAAGUGCAUGUUAUCGAACGUUGUAGAGAGCCAGCAAAAAUUACAUAUGAAGGAUUUUAGUUAAAUAUUUAUCUUGAUCAAACUAAUCAUUUUAUUAAAAUAAAAAGCGUAUCAAUUACACUAGCGUUGUGAAAACAGAACGUUCCA